GGUAUCAUUACAUAACGUUUUUACGCAACCCAGUCAGCCGGUUUUUAAGUGAGUGGCAGCAUGUAAAAAGAGGAGCCACCUGGAAGGCUGUAAGGCUUCAUUGUAACGGUCGAGAUGCAACUCUUGAUGAAGUGCCUUUUUGUUUUCACGGCUCGGACUGGUCAGGCGUGUCCUUCGAUGAGUUCAUUUCUUGCAAGUAUGUUAUAUCCAAGUACCUAAUAAAGACAAAAAUUACAAUAUCAACCUUACCUACAGAAAGUAGAAAAGUUAAAUUUUUGACACCUUCUCUCCUCCAACAACCACUACCACAGUUACAAUGCCAUUACACUACCACAGUUCCAAUACUCUAACACUACCACAGUUUAGAUGCCAUCACACUACCACAGUUUAGAUGGCACCACACUGCCACAGUUCAGAUGCCAUUACACUACCACAGUUCAGAUGCCAUCACAUUACCACAGUUCAGAUGCCAUUACACUACCACAGUUCAGAUACCACCACAUUACCACAGUACAGAUGCCACCACACUACCACAGUUCAGAUGCCAUUACACUACCACAGUUCAGAUGAUAUCACAUUAAACAUUUCAUAUGCCAUUACACUACCACAGUUCAGAUGAUAUCACAUUAAACAUUUCAUAUGCCAUUACACUACCACAGUUCAGAUGCUAUCACAUUAACACAGUUCAGAUGCCAUCACAUUACCACAGUUUAGAUGCCAUUACACUACCACAGUUCAGAUGCCAUUACACUACCACAGUUCAGAUACCACCACAUUAACACAGUUCAAAUGCCACCACACUACCACAGUUCAGAUGCCAUUACACUACCACAGUUCAGAUGCCACCACAUUACCACAGUUCAGAUGCCACCACACUACCACAGUUCAGACGCCAUUACACUACCACAGUUCAGAUGCAAUCACAUUAACACAGUUCAGAUGCCACCACAUUACCACAGUUCAGAUGCCACCAUACUGCCACAGUUCAGAUGCCAUUACACUACCACAGUUCAGAUGCCAUCAUAUUACCACAGUUCAGAUGCCACGACAUUACCACAGUUCAUAUGCCAUUACACUACCACAGUUCAGAUGCUAUCACAUUAACACAGUUCAGAUGCCAUCACAUUACCACAGUUUAGAUGCCAUUACACUACCACAGUUCAGAUGCCAUUACACUACCACAGUUCAGAUGCCACCACAUGACCACAGUUCAGAUGGCACCACAUUACCACAGUUCAGAUGCCAUUACACUACCACAGUUCAGAUGCUAUCACAUUAACACAGUUCAGAUGCCAUCACAUUACCACAGUUUAGAUGCCAUUACACUACCACAGUUCAGAUGCCAUUACACUACCACAGUUCAGAUGCCACCACAUGACCACAUUUCAGAUGGCACCACAUUACCACAGUUCAGAUGCCAUUACACUACCACAGUUCAGAUGCUAUCACAUUAACACGGUUCAGAUGCCAUCACAUUACCACAAUUUUGAUGCCAUUACACUACCACAGUUCAGAUGCCACCACAUUACCACAGUUCAGAUGCCACCACAUUACCACAGUUCAGAUGCCACCACACUACCACAGUUCAGACGCCAUUACACUACCACAGUUCAGAUGCUAUCACAUUAACACAGUUCUGAUGCCAAUCACAUUACCACAGUUCAGAUGCCAUUACACUACCACAGUUCAGAUGCCAUCAAAAUACAACAGUUCAGAUGCCAUCACUGAGUUAAAUUCACAAAGCUAGGGCAGUGAAUAUACAAUACCAAACUAUUAUUUAAACUUUAACCUUAGUUUAAAUGUGUCGUAUACCAUUACUAAGAAAGGACUCCAUAGUUCACUCAUUGACUAACCAAUGCCUCCAUAGUUCAGUGGUCCGACGGGUAGGCCAAAAAAAAAUUACAAACUGUUAGCGUCAUAAAGGAUAGGAAAACACUAUUGGGACAAGUUAAUUUUCUUAAAGACUGUUGACUAUCAGUUGAUGAUUUCUUUAUAACAAAAUAGUUCCAUCUGAUGUCUAAAUCAAUUGGAAUGGCCAAGUUGAAAUUAUUUUUUAUCCAAUGUAUAACAUGAUGACCAAAGCAAGAGAAUACAAACUUGAUUGAAGUGCAGUGGAACCCCAUUUAUAAUGUGAUAAUGGCAUCAUCGGGUUGUGGUGUUGAUGUAGGACUACUUCAGUGACUUAGUGAGCUAUGUGGUGUUGAUGUAGGACUACUUCAGUGACUUAGUGAGCUAUGUGGUGUUGAUGUAGGACUACUUCAAUGACUUAGUGAGCUAUGUGGUGUUGAUGUAGGACUACUUCAAUGACUUAGUGAGCUAUGUGGUGUUGAUGUAGGACUACUUCAGUGACUUAGUGAGCUAUGUGGUGUUGAUGUAGGACUACUUCAGUGACUUAGUGAGCUAUGUGGUGUUGAUGUAGGACUACUUCAAUGACUUAGUGAGCUAUGUGGUGUUGAUGUAGGACUACUUCAGUGACUUAGUGAGCUAUGUGGUGUUGAUGUAGGACUACUUCAAUGACUUAGUGAGCUAUGUGGUGUUGAUGUAAGACUACUUCAAUGACUUAGUGAGCUAUGUGGUGUUGAUGUAGGACUACUUCAAUGAAUUUGUUAUUGUGCUGGAGUACAAACUUUUUUCAACGUAUUUAAAAACAAAAGAAAUGUGAAUAAAUUGAUGAUUAAUGGUCAUCAUGCUAAGCUCUUGAUUAACAUGAAUGCCUGUGCUAUUAACUCCAUAUGACAUACAUGCCUCUGCUAUGAUCACCAUAUGACAUACAUGCAAGUGCUAUGACCACCAUAUGACAUACAUACUUGCUCUAGGACCACCAUAUGACAUAGAUGCAAGUGGUAUGACCACCAUAUGACUUACAUGCAAGUGUUAUGACCACCAUAUGACAUGCAUGCCUGUGCUUUGACCACCAAAUGACAUGCAUGCCUGUGCUAUGACACCAUAUGACAUACAUUCUUGCUCUAUGACCACUAUAUGACUUACAUGCAAGUGCUAUGACCACCAAAUGACAUACAUUCUUGCUCUAUGACCACCAUAUACCUGUGUUUUGACCACCAUAUGACAUACAUGACUGUGCUUUGACCACCAUAUGACAUGCAUUCAUGUGCUAUGACCACCAUAUGACAUACAUGCCUGUGCUAUGACCACCAUAUGUCAUGCAUGCCUGUCCUAUGACUAACAGUUGUUGGGAGAGAUUUGGUCAUGAUAUUUCUCUUAUUUACCAUCUUUUUGGUGCUUGACCAGACUAAUAAAUAAUACAUUAAAACUUUCUCUUGGCUUUCUUCAGGCACAACUUAGCCUUCAAUCGCAUGACUCGGAUGUUGGCCAAUCUUUCAAAAGUCAACUGCUACAACAGAACAGGAAUGAAUGAAAAGCUGGUUCAAGAGAUUAUUCUUCAAAGUGCUAAAGAAAAUCUGUUAAACGUUGCAUUUUUUGGCAUUGUGGAUGAGCAGGAAAAAACACAAUUUUUAUUUGAACAAACAUUUGGCAUAAAAUUUAUUGAAAAUCUGAAACAGAAAGAAAUAACUCAUGUUUCUCAACUGGAACUUGACAAAGGAAUGGAACAAAGGAUUCUAGAAACAAAUAGUUUAGAUGUUCUCUUUUAUGAGUUUGCCAGAGAUUUAUUUCUUCAGCGAGUUGAGGAGAUGGAAAAUAGACAAGGCUACAGCGUACGUGAAUAUUUUCAUCAUGUACGAGAUUCUAUUCAAAGUGCCAGUAUAAAUGAUAUGACAAAUAAUGAAGCUUCUGAUGAGGAUAAUGAAGAUGCAGGGGAAGAAGAAGAAAAACUGAUGUCUUACCCCAGCAAAGGUACCGCUGAUACUUCCAUGUUAGGCAAAACUAAGAGGUGAUGUGUUACAUGUUAAUUCUAUACGGAUCAGUGUUUGUGAUAAUUCUAUUAAAUAUUUUAUUUUAAAAACUAUUUUGAAAGCACAUGUUUUAUGUAUUGAAGCUUCUCUACCACUUUCAAUGUCUUCCUCUGUGUGCUUGGUGUCGUGUUAUGUAUUUAAAAAGAUUUAAUUGUUCAACCAUGUGAACUCAUUGACC